GGGUUCAGCCCCGCGGCUGGCCGCCUUCGCUGGUGGUUGUCUGUCGGUGCCGCCUCAGAAGAAGUCGAGGCCGGCCCUGGGGCGGAGGCAAACGCGAUGCCCGGCGGUGCCGCCGCCGUCGCGGCGGCCGCUCGCUGAGGCGGUCCCAUGGUACCGGCGCCCGCCGGGGUUGGGGGUGGGGGCCGCGCCCGCCGCCGCCCGCCUAAACUUGGGUAAAGUUUCUGAGCCAGUCGAAAAUCACCUGGAGAUGGCUGAUCAUGAGUCAUCAAUACCAUCCAAAAAGACAAGUAGAAUAGGAUGUGUAAAGCUGAAAGAGAACUACCUGAGGUGUUGGGAUGGCUGGAGAAGGUGACGACUUGUAAUUGAGCUGAGGGAGGCGAGAAGCAUCAUCCAUCCCCUGCUGACAUUUGUGAAUUAGAGGCAUGGAUCUUUGGCAUCUGCUGUUUACUUUGGCACUGGUAUGUGCAAAUGACUUGCUUUCUUCAAGUGAUGACUCUUUGCGGUGGCCACAAAUCAGCAGGUGCAGAUCACCUGAACUGGAGACAUUUUCAUGCUAUUGGACAGACGGAAAUAGUUAUAACCACUCUGCUCCAGGAACAAUACAACUAUUGUACAUGAAAAGGAAUGAUGAAGACUGGAAAGAAUGCCCUGAUUAUGUCACUGCAGGAGAAAAUAGCUGUUAUUUCAACACAUCCUACACCUCUAUUUGGAUACCGUAUUGUGUUAAGCUUGCCAAUAAAGAUGAAGUGUUUGAUGAGAAAUGUUUCAGUGUUGAUGAAAUAGUACUACCUGAUCCCCCUGUCCACCUUAACUGGACUCUGCUAAAUACUAGUCACACUGGGAUUCAUGGGGAUAUCCAAGUAAGAUGGGAUCCACCACCAACAGCAGAUGUUCAGAAGGGAUGGAUUACUCUGGAGUAUGAAUUGCAGUACAAAGAAGUUAAUGAGACAAAAUGGAAGGAGUUAGAACCCAAGCUCUCAACAAUGGUUCCAAUAUACUCUCUGAAGAUGGGAAGAGACUAUGAGAUAAGAGUCCGAUCAAGGCAACGUACCUCUGAAAAAUUUGGAGAAUUCAGUGAAAUCCUUUUUGUGUCUUUUUCUCAAGUAGGCAUUGACUUCGUUCACUGUUCUGAAGAAAUUGAGUUUCCAUGGUUCUUAGUUGUUACCUUCGGAGCAUGUGGGCUGGCCAUAACAGUGAUCUUAAUUCUGCUGUCUAAACAACCAAGGUUAAAAAUGCUGAUUUUUCCUCCUGUGCCUGUUCCAAAGAUUAAAGGGAUUGACUCAGAUCUCUUGAAGAAAGGAAAGCUAGAUGAAGUGAACUCCAUCUUGGCCAGCCAUGACAACUACAAGACACAGCUAUACAAUGAUGAUUUGUGGGUUGAGUUCAUUGAGUUGGAUAUAGAAGAUCCUGAUGAGAAAAACGGAGUCUCGGAUACCGACAGGCUCCUGAGUGAAGAUCAUCUGAAAUCACACAGUUGCUUGGGAGCGAAGGAUGAUGAUUCUGGACGGGCCAGUUGUUGUGAACCAGAUAUUCCAGAGACAGACUUCAGUGCAAGUGACACAUGUGAUGCCAUCUCCGAUAUUGAUCAGUUCAAAAAGGUAACUGAAAAAGAAGAGGAUCUCUUGUGCCUUGAUAGAAGAGAUAAUGAUGAGUCCUUUCCCAGCCUUGCCAACACAGGCACACAACAGCCACAAGUGAGAAGUCAGUCUGGAAAUAGCCACCUGUGGCCACCUUUUGCAGACUGCAUGGACUCAGCGGGUCCAUCGGUCCGUACCCAGCUAAGUAACCAGAACACAUUGGCAAAUAUUGACUUCUAUGCGCAAGUGAGUGAUAUUACCCCAGCAGGCCGUGUGGUACUGUCACCAGGGAAGAAAUUGAAGUUGGGAAGAGCACAGUGUGGAGGCUGCACAGAACAAAACUUCGCCAUGGAGAACGCCUACUUCUGUGAGGCUGAUGUGAAAAAAUGCAUUGCUGCAACUUCCCAUGAAGAAGAGAAGCCACCUGUCCAGGAGCAAAGCUGUAACGAGGAUGUUUACUUCACCACAGAGAGCCUUACCACUACUGCUGUCAACCUUGGAGCUUCGACAGCAGAAACCCCAACUUCAGAGAUGCCUGUCCCAGACUACACGUCUAUUCACAUCGUUCAGUCUCCACAAGGCCUUGUGCUCAAUGCAACUGCGCUUCCCGCGCCAGACAAGGAAUUCAACAUGUCUUGUGGCUAUGUCAGCACAGAUCAGCUGAACAAAAUCAUGCCGUAGCUAUUCUUUGACCACGUGUGUGCAGUACUUCACAGCAGAGUCAGCUUGGGCUUGUAUGCUGAAACCAAAAUGAAGUAUAAAAGUUUCUCGUGGUUCUUAAAAUUUUAUCUGAAAUGUGCAACAUAAAGUAUUCAUCAUGAUAUUCCUGUUGUGUUGUGUAAAUAUAUACUAUGAAUUUGUCUUGGGACUGUUUUACUAGCAGUGACUGUCUUGUUCUUGUGGGUGUUGAUUUUUGUGAUACUAAACAUUGAAAUUACUGUGUUUAAUGUACAGUAAAUUGUGAUUUUUGAUAAAGCUAAAAAUCAUGUGGUUUAAAGUCUAAGAAUUUAGUAGAAGCUGUGCUGUUGGCAGAGAUCUUUAUAUCAAUAAUUGGGAACUGAGUAUAUAGGUUUAAAAAAAAGCUUGAAUAAAUAAGGUCUAUUUUGAUUUAUACAAAUUAAUAAAAUAUAUUUUAAUAUUUAGUCACAAAACCAUAAAUAUUUUAUAUUAAAGUACACACUGUAGUUCAAUUAUGAUGACCCAUCGAAAGAAUGUAAUUGCUGCAAUCUUAAAAAGGAGUUUUCUGGUUUAUACGAGUUUUAUUUGCAGUACAAAAAAAAAUAGAUUUUUACAGAGCCAUUUUAUACCUCCAAACAAACCCGUGGAGAAAUUUUGAAAUAUUGUAGAAAUAUAAAGUAACUGAUCCUAUUAAUUUCUUAUGAUAACUAAUAGAGAAAUAUACAUUCAAUUUCAAUUUAAAGUUGUAGAAAACUUUAAAAUAUACAAACUAUUAGGGCAAUUUAUGCUGUCCUUCAUUGGGUUCUGGUUAAUGCUAAUAAUAUACCUAUUAUAAGCAAAAUUUUGUUGACCACAGUAUUAAACUGUGUGAGCUACACUUUCAUUAAGAAUUUUUGAGAAGACAUGAAUAAGCUCUGGUGACUUAGCAGCAUAACCUCUUCACAUUUGACCAACUUCUGAAGCCCUCCUAAAGCCAAAGUUAUCACAACAUUUAUUAGUUUCCACCACAUAAAGUCUUGAUUUAAGAAAUUAAAAUAAGGACUUCAGGAGUUAGCCAACAGUUAUUUUUUUAAAGAUGCAACAGGAUUAAAAUACUUAAGUGGAAUAGGGGAUUAAAAUACAGUAUUGUUUAAAGUGGUUUUUUGUUUUUACAGCCUAACAGCAUCUCCUCUGACCAGGUUAGGCAGACUUUCAGAAGUAAAAGGAGAGAAAACUGUAACACAGUGGGAAAGCUCUUUCUGUUCGUAACCAACAUUAAGAACUUGAUGAGCUAUGCAGUCAGCGACUGCAGCCUCAGAAGCUACCUUCCUAGGCCAUGAUAGUAGGGUUCUUCUCCUAAGAAUCUCUGAUUCUGUGAUUCUUAGAAAGCAAAUAGGGACGUUCAUUUCUUCUCCCUGACCUGCACAGAACAGAAGUGUAUGAAGUGCAGCGAACGCAGGUCUUGUUCAUGACGUCUCCCACUGAUCUCACUGAUGCUCUCUUUGUGACCAAGGGCUACAGGACUGGGCCCAACUCUUGGGUGGGAUUUUUACGUUUAGAACGAACUUUAUGGUAAAUGUGCAUUAGAUAUUCUGCUAAUUUGCUGCUAUAUUUUUCUAACAGCUACAUUAUUUAGUUUCAUAUAAAAUUUCAUAGAUAAUAGACACUAAUGCAAGUAAUGCUUAUGUGUGUGUUUGGAAGAAGUUUCUUACUCUGUUUCUAUUGCCAAAAAUAGUUAAAUACCUCAAUCAAACUCAGAAUGUCAUUUUGGUACUUUACUGGUCACAUAAGCCAUUAUACGCUGGUCAGAUGUGUCUUUCAGUUUCUAUUUAACUUUCCUUAUGUCAGUGUUUCAUUUGUUUUUUCUCAAAGUUUAAUAAAUGUAUUGUCUUUGA